UCGCGCCGGCGGUAGUUUUCAGGAUGUGGCUACUGGGACGGGGCCGCUGGUCCGCGCUGUGCGCGUUAGUCGUGUGCGUGUCUGGGGAGGACGUGUUUGAACAGCCCGCAGGUAUGAUCCGCAGCUUAGGGACGGUCUUGCUGGGCCUGGCCGAGGAAGGAGGGAGUUACCUGGGCAAGCUGGCCGAGGAGCGGGCGGUUGUUUCUGUACGAAAGGCUUUCUCUCAGGCGUUGAGUGUUCUGGCAAGAGGGAUGGCGAGUGGUCUCGACGUCCUGUUCCAGUAUCUCACCCAUUUUCUGCAGGCUGCAGGAAUCAACGCUACCCUUCCCGUGGACAGGGUCACUCCUGAGGGUGUGCUCUUUGUCGUCCAGUGGCUUUUCUUGGCUCUCAUCGGAUAUCUGUUAAUCUCCUUAUGCCUUCGAUUGCUGGUUUCCACCCUGAGGCGGGCGCUGUGGCUGCUGAAGCUGGGCCUGGCUGUGGUGGCAUUCGGGCUCAUCCUGAGCAACCCUGACGCCAGCACAGAAACUACCGCCGUUUGCCUGGCCGUCCUGGUCUUUAUGUGCGUCUUACUGGGAGUUGGUCCAUCUUGGGGCAACGCUGCUGACAACAGAACUUCCCACCUGGAGGGGCAAGUGAAGACUCUAGAGAGACGCAUAAAAGAGAUGGAGCGAUGGCAGAGCACGGAGGAAUGAAAGGCUAGAGAGACGUGUGUGAUGUCAAGAAAACGGAGGGGAGGAACGGAUGUGCUUGGUGAUGCAAGAAGGAAAACAGAUGGAGGACUUGUGUCCUUGUCUGACACAUGUAUGUAACUGAUGUUCGCCUCAGAUUCUGUCUUCUUCGUGCUGGCUGGAAGAAAGAAAGACUGAGUUCCUUCUCAAAGUGGAGUUUUGGCCACACAGGAGUCCUUGGAUCAGUUUGAGUAUUUUUUUCCCUUUUCUUUCUUUUGUGGGUACAACUGUUGAUCUUUUACUGGAUUUUGUUAUAGCAAAUUCCUUGAAUCUGUUUUGUUUUAGAGACUCUGUUUGUUUGGUGGAACGCGUCUCUUAUGACAUAGGGUUAUGGUUGAAUUGGUGUAUGGGGGAGCAGAUGCAUGCUUUUUUUUACCCUAAAAUAUUACCUUGCGGUUUGGGUCAUGGAUGGGUGGAUGGAUUACCUUUUUUGAAGUGCUUGAAAAUACUUGAAGUUUGCCAUAAUACGGUAAUUCCGUCUUCACACAUGUUAAGCACCAUCCGUUUUGUAUGAACUGAUCAUGUUUUUUUAUAAGACAGAUUUUGGAAUAAAACUCCCAACCCACCUCUUCACAUCCACCCAUCCGUCCACCUGUCUGGCCAUUUCACCAGAAGAAGUCCAGAAAAAUGCCCCUUUUCUCUUCAUGUUGAGGUUCCCGACUGAAGAGGGAUGUUGCGAAAUGUGGUGAAUCAAUACUUGGUCCAACAAAGUGAGGGUCGUUCAAUGGCUGGGGGGAGGGGGGGUAGCUGUAAUGUGCAUUGGAAAUGGAUUUGCACUUUGCUAAAGAAAGAAAGCCCCUUUAUUCUUGUCAGUGUACGGUUGUUUAGUGUUGUCUGCAUGUAACCCAUCCUGUUGUAUAGGAGCAGUGGGCAGAUGCAGGGCCCGGGGACCAACUCCAGUUGUUUUCCCUACUUGAGUUUAACAAAACUCCAGAAGGUUUGAGAAACCGGUGCUGUUUGGUAUUACGAGUCCCAGACACCGGUCGGGACGGGGUGGGAAGCGAUAAAGAAGCAGAAACAUUUGCCCCAUCUAUUUCUCUUUGUAGGGUCUUGCACAGAAAACACUUGUGUUUUUUUUGCCCCCCCCCUUUCUCCCCAAUAGCACUUAGCCAGUUGCCCCACUCUUCCGAGCCAUCCCAGUCACUGCUCCGAUCCGGGGAGGGCUGCAGACUACCACAUGCCUCCUCCCAUACAUGUGGAGUCGCCAGCCGCUUCUCUUCACCUGACAGUGAGAGGUUUCACCAGGGGGGCGUAGCACGUGGGAGGAUCACGCUAUUCCCCCCAGUUCCCCCUCCCCCCCGAACAGGCGCCCCGACCGACCAGAGGAGGCGCAAGUGCAGCGACCAGGACACAUACCCACAUCCGGCUUCCCACCCGCAGACACGGCCAAUUGUGAGUGUAGGGACGCCGGAGGUAACACGGGGAUUCGAACUGGCGACCCCCGUGUGGGUAGGUAACGGAAUAGGCCGCCACGCCACCCGGACGCCCAGAAAGCAUUUUUUAUUUUAUUUUGCCAAAAUAUUUGUAUGGCCCACUGAAGGAGCAAAUAAACAACACAAGUUCAAAUAGUUUUGUCCAGUAUUUUAUUAAGGCAGGUGUGUACACUUCUUAUGCUGACUGACAUUGUAAUACAAACAACAUGGACAUUUCUGCGGGUGUAAAGAUAUGGCUUCAAGUAGAAAACAAUUUCACGUUUUGUUGUUUUUUUUGUAGUAUGUGGCAGUAGUACAGAGGUGUACAGUAGUGCACCUCUUUCUUUACAGGGCAUCAGCAAAAAUCCCCCAUCGGCCUGAUCGCACUGACAACACCUUGAUGUGGACGUGAUGAUUCUACAUCUCGGCCUCGAUUCUCAUGUUUUACACUUGAGAAUGAGGGGAAGCUCUGCUCCCGAUGAGCCCAAACGUGUUGUUUAGAGACUGUGGAAUAAUUACUGCCUCACUCUGACUUCCGGUUCAGGAUAUACUGACACGUGUUCCCUUACAGCUCACUGACCACCACAUUUCAUUCAGUGCAGCGAGUUGGCGAGCUGGUCCCGCUGGAUGGCGGCCUCGGAAAGUCCUGCCAUGUCCGCACAAGGUGUAGACCAGUGUUUCUCAACCCAGUCCUCAAGGACCCCCUAUCCUGCAUAUUUUCUUUGCAACCCUGAAUAGGUACCUGUUUGUAGUUAUUCAACCAAUCAGCAAUUAAUUUUGUCAGACGUUGCACACCUUGCAUAAUUAAGUGCUGCGAGAUGAUUGGUCGAGUAAGUACAAGCAGGGCUCCCU